GACUUCUAAAAGUGUAACACGCAAAUGAGGCACAUGCUGCGGAAGUACAGCGCUAAUUACAUGUUUGAUUUUUUUUUUUACUCAAAUUUACAUUAUACAGCUUUAAAUAACCAUCUGAAUAUUGCACCAUGUCGAUUUCAGUGUUAAAAAGGGGACUUGAACUGCUUAAUGAAGAUCUUAAAGAUGUGACCAAGGGACAGAAGAAGAAGAGGACCAAGAAGGCGUCAGUGAUGGAGCAGAUUAGUACCAAUAAACAGGGUGUUCGGAAGCAGAUCCGACGACUACAGGCCCACAAAACGAGCAGAAAGAAUAAAGCCACAGUCAAAGACAAACAGAUCAGAAAUGCUUUAGAGGAAUACAAAAAGAAGCAGAAGAAAAGUCAGCUCGAUUCCAACCUGCAGUACUUCCUAAAAACCACCCAUAAAAUGCAGGAGACCUGCACAAAUAAGAUUGUGCAGCAGAACGCAGGGCGCCUGUCUCGGCACCAGCCAGAGAAACGGGUCAAGAAACAAGAAGAGCAAUCCAUUUUCACGGAGGCAGAAUUCCAAAAAUUUGAGCAGGAAUAUUUUUCUAAUCUUUGAUAUUACUAUGGACUACUGUGGACACUUGUGCAGUGAUGUAAAAAAGGAAUUCUGCAUUUCAGGAAAACUUCUCGAGAAGUCAGAUGGACAGACAUGCCAGAAAUGUAGUUUCGCUUUUUUAUUAUUUUUUCUUCCCCUAUUCGCGUUUUUUUGGAAAUAAAUUAGUUGGAUGGUUUGCUGAAA